AUGCCUACAAGCACAAAGUAGCGCGUCGUCAGGGCUGCAAAGGCGCAGGGAAGCAGCCCCACGAUUGUAUCUGGUUAUCUCACGUCGGAAUAAACUCUCCCACCACGCUGUUGCUACGCACUAACAAGUGCCUGAUCACACUUUCAGGGUGGGCAGGGGGAGUCUCACUGAACUUAGUGCGACUUCACUUGUGCGCAAAACAUAACUGGAAUCGGGCUGCGCUAAUUCCCUUUAGUUGCGUCCCCCUGGUCCCUCUUUUUAAUUGCUGGAAGAGGUUGAGACUGAGCGGACGAGAGAUCAGCGGGAGGAAUAAUAUUGUAACCCCGCCCCCGCUUUUUGCUAGGGGAGUUUGCGCCUCGGGCACCGGACUGCUCCCACGCUCGCGCCAUUCACGGCUAAGAAUUCCCGUCAGUCCGAAGGCGCGGGUAAGGGCAGGCUGGAAGGGCCGCGGCUUCGCGGGACCUCGGCGCGCAUGUGCGACGCGCACGCUCCUUCCGCCGAAGCCCUGGCAGCAUGUGCGCAGCCAGGCCGGGAAGGGUAAACUCCGCGCUCGCCAAAAGGGCCGCCCGACACCAUUGGCUCCGCUUGCGCGCGCGCGCACAUGUGUGUUGGGAGGGGGGGGGCGGGAGAGAAGGCGAGUGUGGAAGCUUCGGGAGCGCGCACGCGACGGGAGCCGAAGUCCCCUCAAAGCGGGGCAGAACUUGCCAGCCCUGCUCUUCCCCUGCGGGGCUCCGUGUGUCGGCGGCAUGGCUGCGAGGCGGCGGCGGCGAGGGCGGGCGGCGAAAGGCUGUGCCCCAGUUUGCGUCCAAUCAGAGAGUGCAUUGCGUGCACCGAGCAGGGCAGCAAUGCGUAAACAACCAGCCCUGGGAAAGUCCUCCGCCCCCCUGCGCCGCUCCCUCCGCGCCGCUCCGCGCGAGGCUUCCUCCUCCUCCUCCCCCCGUCCUUCCUCCUCCUCCCUCCCCCGUGGAAGUCCUGUCAGCUGAACAGCAGCGCCGAGCGCGCCUCGCUUCCCCGCGCCGCCUCGCCUGCCUCCCGCCCGCCCGUAACUCCCGCGCCGCGUCCUCGGGGCGCUCCCGCUGCGCUGCUCGGGGGAAGGUAAGGGAAAGCGUCUUGCCCAGCCAGCCCGCUCGUCCCCGGCCGCCCUGCUUCUCCCUCGCCACCCCAGAGGAAAGUUAAGGCGGGGGAGGGCAGCGGGAUGGCGUGGGGGGGGGGAGGGAGGAGGAGGGUUCGUCUGUCAUAACAAGUUGCUGAACGUGCUUCUGCCGGAAUCGCGCCUUGCAGCAGCAGCAGCAGCCGAAGCCAAAGGCGGGCUGGGAAGCGAGGCUGCUCCUGCGAGGCUGGGGAAGGGGCCGGAGCGGAGAGUUAACUUUCUCUCCCGCGUCCCCGCCGCCUCCUAUAAUUAAGGAACCUGCGUCGAGUCAAGGGAAGCUGGGACUUCCCAUCACUGGAAAGGGGCAGGAAGGUGUCCUGGCGAUGGUGCCUGCGAGCUUCGCAAUGGGGAACCGAGCGCAGCACCACCAGCACCGCAUCCCCUUGGGUGUCUCUUGCAUUUGGCUGCUGCGUCGCUUCUUCCCUGCCGAGCUUUUUUCUAGCAUGUCGCUAGUUUUUGACGAAAGGCUCCUGGUCCGGAGGAGCGCCCGUUCCGCCGGCUCCUUACUCCCGAGGUGGCUCGGCCGGCUUCCGCUUCUGGAGCUUGCUCGGAUCAUUCUUAUAUAAGAUGUCACAGGAGGAGGAGAUGGAGGAGCGACGCACGUCCUGGAUGUGGCGAAGGGAGAGCUGGGCGCUCGCUCGCUCGGUGUUGACGGCGCCGAUGGGCCACGACGCCGCGGACGCACAAACACACACACACACCUGUCUGAUCUCAAAAGUGAAACUGACAUGCUGAUAUUACACCCGAUCUCGCGGGUGCGGUAAAGGGGAGCGUUAAAGGCACUCAGGACUCAGGCAUCCCCCCUUCAGGCUCCUGGUACCCAUCUCCCUGGGCGCAUAGUUGUUCUCCCUGCCCCCGCACUUUCGUCAUGAAGGAAAUAGGGAAUAAAUAUUUGAGGAAUUGGGGGCGUGGGUGAAGGGGAAGAGAAUCCGGCGCCGUUCCGAAUCCGGCCGAUUGAGAAGGACCUUCGGUGUAAAGUGGUUUGUGGAUUACAACCCACGUGUGUUUUUGCUUGUUAGUAGGGCCCGGAGAUGGUGACUGAAUGGAUGAAUCAUCAGUUCCACAGAAUAGUGACUCACCUCGCUCUGUGUGUGUGUGUGUGUGUGUGUGUGUGUGUGUGUGUGUGUUGAGAGAGAGAGAGAGAGUAAGAUGGACUCACUUACACACACACAUUGUAAAAAGAUACUAAUUGUCCAAAAGCUGUUUUUAUUUUAUGGUUUUCGCCAUUUAAUUGUCACAACAACCCUGUGAGGUAGGUCAGGCCAAGAGAUGGUGACUGGCCCAAGGUCACCUAGUGAAUUUUAUGGCUCAGUGGGGAUUUGAACCCUGCUCUCCCAGGUCCUAGUCCAACACUCUAACCAUUAUCGCAUAACCACCUAUGCCAUUCUUAACACAUUUUGCCUGGGAUUGGAGCCUGCUUUCAUGCACACCUGUUUAGAAUGGGUGUGUUAAAUUGUUAUCCUAAAUGUGCUUUGAUGAAGAGUCUCUUUAGGGUCAGGAUGUUCCAGGUCAUUUCAAACUAAUAGGAGCUUUGAACCUUUCCCAGCAAUCUUCUGUUGCUUUUCCUGCCAAAGAUAAGGGGAAACUCCUGUGGACUAUUUAAUACUUUGAUUUCCUCCUUGGAGAUUGCCUUGGUGAUGCUAUGGAUUAUAAGAAAAUGUUGAAUAUUGAAUCAUUAAGGUUGAAAGCUUCAAAAUAAAUUCAUGACCAUGUUGCAAGACAUGGUGUAGUAAAGUGGCAAGAAGACACCUGAUGCAGCCACCUUGCUGAAGCUUGGCAGGUCUGAGUCUUGCCAGUACCUGGAUAGAAAACUACCUGAGAGCGCUGUGUUUCGUGAUGGAAGGAAAGUGAGAUGUAAAUGAAAUACAAAAGCAAGCACCCCUGUAGAAUCAAAGUAAAUUGACUCCAUAAAUGUACAGUUUGCAGUUAGUGCCCUACGACUGUGGUUUGGGAUUUAUUUAUUGGUAAUUGAUUAAAAAAAAAUUGUAUGCCACUGAACUGUUGAAACUCCUAAGCAGCUUACAUAACAUGUAAGAGAUACUAUUUAUAAAGGUCAAAAGUUUAAAACAACUCCAAAUGUGAAUAGAAUCAGUAGUUUAAAUACCUAUUAAAAUACAUGUCGCAUCUGAUUAGGCUUGCCUAAACAAAAAGCUUUUUAGCAGGUGCUGAUAACAAUGUGACCAAAGUGCCUGUCCAGUAUCAAUGUGCAUAGGAUGGGCCACAUGGCCCCAGUAGGACUGUAACUGUGCAAAAUAGUACUACUGUACUACUACUACUACUACUACUGCUUUUUGUGGGCAUGUACUUUGCCCAGUUCCUUUGCUUCUGGUGGUUUCUGAUGAUCUGACUAAGGGCUCAUCCAGACUUCCCUUUGUGCUGUGCUUUCCAGGCACAGGCCUGUGCCUUUCAGAUCACUAUCUAAGCAGGUUUUGUUUUGUUUUUAUGCCCCCGCACCUUUCCCCAGGAAACCCCGCUGUUUACUGCUGAAUCAGAACACACAGCAAACGGGUUUUCUGCAGAUUGUUGUUUGUUUCCUUUCAGUCUUAACAAUGGGUUUUCCUGUGGAUGCAGGUGGACUUGCAAAGUGUAGACCUGCGCCUGGAAAGCAUAGCACAAAAGAAAGUCUGGAUGAGCUGUAGCAGUAGAGGGCCAGGAGUAGGGGAUUAAGGCCUCCCCAGAACAGGCACCGGCAAUGGGUCCUGCUAGGGCCCUGGCAGAUGUGUCCAAGGAUGUUGAGUGCUGAUGCUACCCCUGGCUGUGAGAAGAGUUGGGAAGAGGGGGAGAGGGAGAGAGCCCAGAGCUGCAGAAUAGACAGACUGGAGAUGUACAGAGUCUGUUGCUAGCUCUGCUAUAGCCAAGAGUAGGGAAGUGGAAGCUGGGAGAAAGAAUGCAGUGUCCCUUUUGGAAGUGGCAAAAGAGAAGGGAGGACUAGGCCAAGAGCAUGUUCUGCAGAUGCAAUUCAGAGGCCUAGAUGGGCGUUAUGCAGAAAUGGGAUGAGUCUAGCCACUACCAAAGUUAGGUGUACCAAACAAUGUUCUCCAGAUCUAAUUGUUCAAGUGAGUUACCACCUUUAAGGAAAGACAAGCCAUUGAGUUAAAAGGGUCUUUGAGCCAAGAGCUGUUUAGGAUGGAGAGCAUCCUGUGACGUUGCCCCGUGGCUGUCCACAAAAGCCAAGUACAGUGGUACCUCAGGUUAAGUACUUAAUUCGUUCUGGAGGUUCGUUCUUAACCUGAAACUGUUCUUAACCUGAAGCUCCACUUUAGCUAAUGGGGCCUCCUGCUGCACCGCUGGAGCAUGAUUACUGUUCUCAUCCUGAAGCAAAGUUCUUAACCCAAGCUACUAUUUCUGGGUUAGCGGAGACUGUAACCUGAAGCGUAUGUAACCUGAAGUGUAUGUAACCCGAGGUACCACUGUACAAGCGUCAUCAGUGUCAGUGCUUCAUGACUCAGAAUCAGGCAGAGAGCAAGCAUGUCAAUAUUAGGACUCUGGUGGCUAAUUAACCAACUUACAGGCUUUCAGGCUACUGCAAAUACAGACAAGUCUGCACAGAUCUGUGUGCCUAACAUAGAGUGGCCAUUUGCUGCAACAGGUCUGCAUGGUGGACUUGCACAGUUGUAUGAUAUAGGAUGUUGCAGAAGCUAUGUCUGUGAAAGCAACCAAGUGUACCAUGGCAGCCACGAAUGCUGGAUCAGAACAGCCAUCUAAAUUCUGUCAAAUCUGUUGCCCCAUUAAAGUUAAAACAGCAUUGCCUAAUGCCAGAUAUUACUUGGAAAAAAGAAAUAGUCAUCGUGAUAGCUUUCUGUCAUUUCAUGCAAAGACAUAGAAGGCCAAAGAACUGGUCCAAAUACUGCCUUGUGUCACAAACAACCAAUGAAGCUGGGUUAGAAAGUACACACAGGAGGCUGGAGGAGUCAGUUGGAGUUAGGUACAACCGGUCAGGGUGUACCAGUUGAGAUGUUCUACGAAUAUCCAGCUGCACAAAUCUGAGAUGGGAGAUACUUGACUUGCUGGCAGUACAUGUGAAAAGGAUCUAGGGGGUCUUAGUAACAUUAAAGGUAAAGGAACCCGUGACUAUUAGGUCCAGUCGUGACCAACUCUGGGGUUGCGGCGCUCAUCUCGCUUUAUUGGCCGAGGGAGCCGGCGUACAGCUUCCCGGUCAUGUGGCCAGCAUGACUAAGCCGCUUCUGGCGAACCAGAGCAGUGCACGGAUACGCCGUUUACCUUCCCGCCGGAGCGGUACCUAUUUAUCUACUUGCACUUUGACAUGCUUUUGAACUGCUAGGUGGGCAGGAGCUGGGACUGAACAACAGGAGCUCACCCCAUCAUGGGGAUUCAAACUGACAACUUUCUGAUCGGCAAGUCCUAAGCUCUGUGGUUUAACCCACAGCGCCACCCGCAUCCCUCUUAGUAACAUUAAAAGGUAAAGGGCCCCCUGACCAUUAGGUCCAGUCGUGACCGACUCUGGGGUUGCGGCGCUCAUCUUGCUUUAUUGGUCGAGGGAGCCGGCGUACAGCUUCCGGGUCAUGUGGCCAGCAUGACUAAGCUGCUUCUGGCGAACCAGAGCUGCGCACGGAAACACCAUUUACCUUCCCGCCGGAGCGGUACCUAUUUAUCUACUUGCACUUGACAUGCUUUCGAACUGCUAGGUUGGCAGGAGCAGGGACCAAGCAACGGGAGCUCACCCCGUUGCGGGGAUUCGAACCGCUGACCUUCUGAUCGGCAAGUCCUAGGCUCUGAUGUUUAACCCACAGCGCCAACCGUGUCCUUCUUAGUAACAUUAGUCAGCAACAAAAAACAGUAAUGCUGUUCUAGGCUGCAGCAACAGAAGUCUGAUGUCCUGAUCAAGGGAAGUAACAGUCCCAUUUUAUUCUGUCUUGGUCAGACCACACCUGAAGUACUGUGUCUGGUUCUGGGCACCAUGACUGAAGAAGGAUAUUGACAAGCUGGCAGAGGAAGCCAACCAAGAUGAUCAAGGGUCUGGAAAACAAGCCUUAUGGGGAAUAGUUGAGGGAGUUUGGUAUGAUCAACCUGGUAAAGAGGAGGCUAAGAGGGGAUAUGACAGCGAUCUUCAAAUAUCUAAAGGUUUGUCUUAUGGACGGAGCAAGCUUGUUUUCUCCUGCUCUGGAGGGUAGGAGCCAAAUCAAUGGCUUCAAAUUACAAGAAAUGAGAUUCUGACUAAACGUCAGGAGGAACUUUCUGACAGUGAGAGUGGAACAGACUCCCUCAGAAGGUGAUGGACUCCCAGCAGAAUGGAUGGCCAUCUGUCAUAUGAUUUAGCUGAGAUUGCCGCAUUAUAGAGGGUUGGGCUGAAUGACCUUUGGGGUCCCCUCCAAGUCUACGGUUCUAUGAUUCGAUCUAACGCAGGAGUUUUGUUGAUUACCCCCUGACAUCACUAUCUUUGACCUUAUUUCUGAUGCACUUCAAAGAAAUCAGUACUUCGGUUUGGCAGCAUCUAAUCUCUGGAGCAUUCUGCCCUUUGAUAUUAGGAAAGCACCUUGGAUGUAUUGCUUCCAGCACCUCCUAAACACUUUUUUGUUUAGACAAGCUUACCCAGACUACUGAUUUUACUGACAAAUAUUAGAACAACCUUUUUUUACCCUUUUCUCAGCAUGCUAAUGAAUAUAUUAUUUCAUAUUAACCGCUUAGAUGUUUGCAAUGAUUGAGCACAAUAUAAAUCCUGCAAAGUAAAAAUAAGUGUUAAAAUAUUCAAAGUGUCUGUAGAGUGGGACUAAAAGUAGCAAGAUUUUCUGUAACUGGUAAGGGUGUCAUACAUUUGUUUUGACUGAGAAUGGAAGGACUGCUGCUUUCCUGUUUGAAAGGAAAUGGAUGAAAACCCAACUAACUGUCCUGUUUCUGGAAAAGCCCCCAUGACUAGUCCUGAUAGGACAGCAAGGUUGAGAAGGAAUGGGAAUGAGAAGUGAACAAGGCAAAUUCCAUAGAUCUGCUGUGCAUUGGACUCUAUCUGAAAUUGUGCUUGGCUAUAGAGACCCUUACUGUAGGUUUGGCUUGAAAAUCCAGUCCACUUCAAUCUGAAGGUUCUCAAAUCCACUGGCAGAAGUAAUUGAACUAGGCACCCAUUCUAGUGGUAGCACUUUGCUGUUCCAUUUUUCCUAGGGAAAGGGGAGGGCCGCUUUAUUAAAGAGUGUACAGUUGUGGCGAAAUGUUCAAACUUUAUGUGGUUGCCAGUUCUCAUCUCAUAUUGUUCAUCUUGUAUUGUUCUCUCAGUAUGAAAACUGCCCAUAGUGACACCGGUUGUGUGGGAGUCUGGUGGAUCUGAAAGAUGCACACCGUCCUUUGUCAGUUCAAAGUGACCCUGUUGCCUAUUUAUUCCUUUAACCAUUGUCUUUAUUUGGCUUAUUAUAUCUGACCCUAGCUGUGAUUUUGUUCUCAUUAGUGGCAACCCUGCAAGUUCAUGUAGUUAAAGCAGAACCCAGUGGCUAGCAAGAAAAGGUUGCAAAGCAGGUCAGAACGGCCAUGUUUGAAGUGGCAAAGUUGUCUGCAGUUCCACAAAAGCAGAGAGGCCUCCCUGAAUGCAGUAACGAUAAUCUUUGUUUCUUGUUCGUAUAUCAUUGAUAUGGCUAUUAUACAACUGUGGGCAGCUAUACUGACCUGACAUCUUAUACUACCGUAUUUACUCAAGUCUAAUGCGCCAUCAAAUCUAAUGCACACCUCAGUUUUCAGAACCUUAAAACCAAAAAAGGUAUUUGCUGGUGAAUGUAAAUGUGCCAUUGAAUCUAAUGCGCACCUUAAUUUUCACAACGUAAUUUCGCCAAAAAAGGUGAGCAUUAGAUUUGAGUAAAUACGGUAUGUCAGUUUCCAGCACUGUGCAACAUGCUUUGGUGUUGCACUAGCAGAGUAGGCGCUAUGCCUUUAGAAUCGUAGAAUUGUGGAGUUGGAAGGGACCACAAGGGUCAUCUAGUCCAACCCCCUGAAAUGCAGGGAUCUUUUUGCCCAGCAUGGGGCUCAAACCUAUGACCCUGAGAUUAAUAGUCUCUUACUCUACCGGCUGAGCUAUUCCGCAGGCUCUAAUGUUACAUUAGAGCAGCGGUUCUCAACCUGUGGGUCCCCAGAUGUUGUUGGACUACAACUCCCAUCAUCCCUAGCUAGCAAGGCCAGAGUUCGGGGAUGAUGGGAGUUGUAGUCCAACAACAUCUGGGGACCCACAGGUUGAAAACUGCUGCAUUAGAGGGUUGCAACAGAGGUGAAGGGCAAGAUGGGCAGGGUCAGGCUGCUAGUGAUACUUGCUAGUAUCAACACUUCCAAAUAAUCAUUUUAGUGAGGCUCUGUCUGGAGUAGUAGAAAUCCAUAGGUUAUUCUUCCAUCGUCUGAUCCUGCAGCUUUGAUCCUGUGCAGGUGUAUAGCAGGAUGAGGGUGAAUGAACAGCAUGUAAAUAUAGCCGUGCUGUUCAGGAACAUUACAAGGAAACCUCACACAUUGAUGUGAUCAGUGCUAACAGUGCUGGGUACUAGUGGCUUCUGUAUAUCACGAUGGAAGGUUGUUGUGUAUGUAGCUUAGGCGUAGCCAGGAUUUUUGUUGGGGGGGCAGAACCUCAGUUAGCUGUGCAUUUUUAUUGAUUUCUAUUGAUGGGGGGCUGCGCCUCCCUGCCCCCCUUGGCUACUACGCCCAUGGCAGGCAGCAACAGGAGGUGAGAUGGUUUGCUAGCCUCCAGCAGUCGCUUUAUGGUGAAGAAAAUUCUCAUCCGCACUGUUAAGCACCAGGAAGCAGCAAUGGAGGCAAGGUGUGCUGAAGCUGAUGCCAACAGGCCUUGCCUGCACAACUAUGAUUAUCCAGUCAAAAACCAUGUAGCUGUAACCCGCAUGAUUCUGGCUGCUUCCUAACCUUCCUAUCCUACACCUCCCAGGGCUAAAAGAUAUGAGCAAGAAUCCUGCCUGGUUGCCAUGGAACGAUGCUGGGUGAUUUCACCCAGCGAAGGACCUUGUCAGCCACCACUGGUUACAUGACACAGGAAUAGUGGAGAUAUGAUAUAUAAGGUCAUGGACAUCCAACUGGCUAAUAUAGGCUGCACUGUGGGCAGAAAAUCAAGACAGUCUUGAAAGUAAUCUCUAAUCACAGGAUGUUGUGUUGGAAAAAUCAAAGUAUUAAACAAGGAAACUUUGCUCAGCACAAGAAGAUCAAACAAGUGCUGAAUUACAUGAGACUUUUCUGCCUUUCCAAACAGCACAGUAUUUUGGAUUCUUACCUGAACGUAGCUGUCUUUAAUGCUCAAAGUUCUGUAUAUGUUGAGAUAAGAUUACAUCUAACACAAACCUUCCUGGGCCAGAAGAACCCUACGUUACUCUGUUCCAUUCUUAUUUUGCAAUGAAAAAGGGAUGAGAAGAGGCAAGGUCAUACUUAUUGCAGAUAAUUUGGUUCUCCUUAAUGUUCCCAGAAAGAUGAGGUAAUCUAUACAUGAACUCUCUAAUUCCUCCCAAAGGUCAUAUCUGAAUUCCAUGUUGAUUUUUAUACCUGAUAAUAAAAUCCUGUGACUGGUGAAGAUCAGAAGGAAUUAUUUAGAAACAGGUGAAUUCCACAGACUGGGUUUAAUGGAAGUAAUAAUAAGGCAUUAUAGUAUUGGCACAGACUGGUGGGGGUUUUUGUGGUGUGUGUGUAAAACACAGGGGUAGAGGCAAGAAGCUGUUGUGGGUGUUUAGCAAGACUCAACAUGAGCAGUAGUUAUCUGAACUUGGGGAAACUGCAGAGUUGUCUGUCCUCUUUAUGAUUUUACCGCAUUAGUAGUAGUUUUUCCAAAGAAUCCUGUGCUUCACGAGUAGAGGGAAAGGGCUAAAUGAAAUACAUGUGCAGAGAUGGAAGCUUCACAUUUAGGCAUCAUAUGCUAACUACAACUACCAUCUUGGGCGGGGGGGAAGUGUAGAUUUGUAAUCAUUACUCAUAAGCAGCAAUGAAUACAGUACUGUUGUUUUCUCUCAUCAUCUCUGUAGAAGAAAAGAUGGCAUGUAGGUGACAUACAUUAUAUUUUGAAGCAGGCCUUUCGCCUAAUUACGCUUUAGGAAAGGCAAACGGGUAGGAAGGGCAUUUCAGUAAGGGCAGAGAAGAAGAAGCAUCCUCAAUUUUUACUCCAGGUACGGAAAAGGGCUUUGUAAUCCAAGGGCCAAUUGUAAUCCAAGAUCAAUGGCACAUGAACUUUGAGACAUUUGCAUAUGAACAAAAAUACAAGAUCUUGUGAACUGCUCCCAGCCAGAAUCAACUUUUAUAUCAACUUCCCAUUAAAAAAUAAAUAAAUGUUAGUGUGGUAUAUUAGUUUUGAAACUGUUAACUGCCACUGGUUUGAAACUAGGAUUGGCUCAUCUAAAAUUGGCAAUAGUUUGUAGUGGAGACUGAACAAAUAAGCUGCAUAUGUAUUUGUUUCAGUCCGCCAUAACAGACUGCAUUUUAACCAUCCAAAUUCGCUUGCCCAUCUGUGAAAAAGUAGCUUGAAUAAAUUAGUGCAGGUGGAUGUGUUUAGUUGUUGUUUUUUAUUGGUGACAAAGCUGUAUUUGCUGUUUGAGGACUUCUCUCUCCCUUUUUCCUUCUCCCUGUAGCUUUAACAAACAAACAGACAGACAGACAGACAAACAAACAAACAAACAGACAGACAAAUCACACUGCAGCCUGGAAAGACAAAGCUGCUGAGUCGCUUCAUUCACCCAUAUAUUUAAGAGAAAAUACCUUUGAAUUGUCUAAUGAACUAGAACAGGAGUUAUAAUCCUGCUCUUGUCAGGCACAAGACAUAAUUUUAACUGGAAUGUUUUGAACUAACUUCUCAGUUGUGAAUACAGGUAGAAGAGGAAAGGGGAGUUUGCAGUAAGAGUAAAUAAUAUGAAACAACAGGUUUCGAUAAGAUUCUGUAGUUCUUUAGCAGAAUUUAAGCUGAGAUGCAAUCUGGCAAUAUGUCUAGGGUGGUACAAUGUGGAUUUUGUCACAACAUAUUUUAAUCUGGAUCUGAUUGGAAUACCUUAACUGUAAAUUCUUUUUAGUUCCAUGUUUCAAUCAUUGUUUUAUAAGAUACCAUGUGCUAAUUUUUUCAUGUGUUCCUAAUUCUACUGUAAUAUAUGAAGCACCCUUAUACUUGGUCCAUUGUUGCAAAUUCAUAUCCUGUACAGGUGUUGUAUACAAUUGCUUUCUUGAUGGUGGAGAUGAUGGGCAUUUAGGACAGAAGUGAAGUUAAAUGUAAUGUACACAAACAGUUAAUGAAUUUUCAUGCACUGUUUUUGGCACAGUUUCACUAGAAAGAACCCUAGGUCAAUGCUGUGAAACCUCAUGACCAUUCACAUAGUGCGGUGUGGAAGAAGAAAAAAUAGGAGUGAUAAUAAUGUGUUUUUCUAGAAAAACAGGUGCCAGAAUUGAGUUCUGACUGAAAAAAAGCCCUGGUUUAAGCCAUCUCCAGGUGUUUUGGAACCCCUGGGCAUGCUAGUCUAGGGGCACUUCCAGACAACUGUUAUUUGCAGGUGGGAUUCAGUGGCAUUUUGGCAACAACAAACUUGCUUCCAAAAAACCUUUGGGCUUUUUGCAAUAAGGACUGGACUUGCAAAGCUUGGUCAACUUUAAGAUCCAUUUCAUCUCUUCUAAUGCCCAGUCUAAGGCCCAUUUGUAAGCAUGCUGUCUACUGUGACAUGUUUUUUGUUCAUGUUCCUAUGAAGGAAUUUUGUUGCCCAAGUGCAUCUCCAUCUACCACCGAAAGAAACCACAUCCUUUCAUCUGAGUUUUAAAAACAGGCAUUUCCCUGCUUUUCUAUAACCGCCUGGUUCUCACUUGUCUCCUCCAUGGCCAAGAAACCCUUUCCACCAAUCUGAAUCAUGGCGCUCUCAACUACCUGGCCCUUACAAUCUUGCGCAACAACUUUGAAAGGCUGUGCAACGAGUUGUAUGGUGAGUUAGCUAGGGGGGAAAUGGGUUACUCUUUUUCUCUGUGGAAAGCAGCUCCAAUGCUGAAACAGCACUAUGCUCGGUCCCUGGUGGGAAAAUGAAAGUUAGCAUUGCUAGACAACACUCUUGCCACUCGGGGACCAGUUUUGCCUAGACUCCAGGGACUGUUGGCACACUGGCAUUAAUGAGCUUUAACAUGAAAUGGGAAUGUUCCAAAUUGAGAAAGUGUAUGUGCAGAGCGCAGUUUCUCCUAUGCAACUUCACAAGACACACAAAAAUGAAGCAUGUCAAAAGCCAAUCAAAAAUUACUUACAUAACUAUGUUUGUUCUGAAGUAUUAAUUUUAUUUAUUCUUGCAUCACUCUCACUGUGAUUGUCUGAAAAGCAUAUAAUGCCCAAACACACCCCUCUUUAUUAGUAAUCACUUUUUCAACCUCCCAACACCUUUCAUUGUUUCUGUGCUUUCUCUUCCUCUCCCCCACCCCCUGUUGACCAGAAUCCUGAGGACUGGUUUGUAGAAAACACUAAAGGUGCGAACAUCAGAGCACAAACCCACGAAGAAUGAAUGCACAACCAUUAGCAAGGGAGGCUGGUCCAUUCAAGGAAGCGGACCCUGCCCCACCAAACCCAGUCUUCUCUCAGCCAGCCCCACCUGUUUACCUCUUUCCCUACAGCCAGACUAGAGCAGGGGUCAGCAACCUUUUUCAGCUGUGAGCCAGUCCACUGUCCCUCAGACCAUGUGGCGGGCCGGACUAUAUUUGGCGGGGGGGGGGAUGAGAGACUUCCUUUGCCCCACAAAUAACCCAGAGAUGCAUUUUAAAUAAAAGAACACAUUCUACAUGUAAAAGCACGCUGAUUCCCGGACCAUCCGUGGGCCAGAUUGAGAAGGCGAUUGGGCCGGAUCUGCCCCCUGGGCCUUAGGUUGCCUACCCCUGGACUAGAGGGUGGCACUGGCUACCAGCUUCUUCCUCAGUCUCAAGUGUUGCCUUUCUAAAAUGCAGCAGGGAGGAGGAAGACAAAGCUAACAUUAGCUGGCUCUGCCCAUAAUUGUCUCUGGCCUCCUUACCUUUUACCCUACCUAGUGGGCACCAGUCACCACGUACCUCAAUGAACUUCCUUUGAAACUGUAAGACUUGGAGCCAGUGUGGUGUAGUGGUUAAGAGUGGUAGAUUCAUAAUCUGGUGAACCGGGUUCGCGUCCCCGCUCCUCCACAUGCAGCUGCUGGUUGACCUUGGGCUAGUCACACUCCUCUGAAGUCUCUCAGCCCCAUUCACCCCACAGAGUGUUUGUUGUGGGGGAGGAAGGGAAAGGAGAAUACUAGCCGCUUUGAGACUCCUUCGGGUAGUGAUAAAGCGGGAUAUCAAAUCCAAACUCUUCUUCUAAGCAGAGGCUUGACAACCAUAUGUCAGGAGUGCUCUGAUGGUGUUUCCUGCUUGGCAGGGGGUUGGACUCGAUGGCCCUUGUGGUCUCUUCCAACUCUAUGAUUCUAUGACUCUUCUACUUCUUGGACCACACAGGUAGGCAUUGGGGAAGGAAGUGGCAGCGGUCAGCUGCUGCUUUUUGUUAGUACCCUAGUUAUAUUGUUUUAUGGUGUGUUAUUGUUUAUUUUGCCUGUAGUCUGAAACACACUUACAGUAUUGGAUAAUAAGGCCCACUGAAUACUGUGAGACAUACUUCUGCAUCAACAUGUAUAGGAUUAUGCUGUCCGAGAAAGCCAUUCAAACAGCUGUAGACUUUAUGACUUUUUUUAACAUCACGCCAGCUUCUCCCCACUCCUUCUCCUGUUUUUAUAGAAUCUCAGAAUUGGAAGGGACCCCCAAAAGUCAUUUUCUCCAACCCCCUACAAUAUAGGAAUCGCAACUAAAGCACCCAGGACAAAGGGCCAUCCAUCUUUCAAAGUCUGCUUAACCUCCAGCAUGCUAAGCUGCUCAGAAGAACUCAAAAGCCUGCUCGCUUAUUUUACGACACUGGUUGGCAUUACUGUAGAUUUUGGAACAUACGAACUAACGUGGCUGCCUGUGCUUUUUCUCAACAACCAAUCAAGAGUUCUAUUGAGAGUAAGGGAUAAAUGAUAAAGAGCUUGAGUGUGUGUACCUAACAAAUCAGCUGGCUUUUGCAUGCUGCGCCUGUUGAAAGCAGACAGUGCAAAAUCUCAUUUAACAUCAUAAGCUGGAGAAGAGAUUCUGGAGGCAAUAGUGCUCAAUUGAUCACUACAAAUUAUGGACAAAUUUGUAUAACUAGCUAGGUAAUGACAACCUCCACAAAUCUGUACAAAAGGUAUACGAAAUUCGCUCCUGUGAACCUGGAAAAUGAAAACAAGCCGUGAUACGUUGGAUACUGUUUUGUUCUUGUGGUGUAAAAUUGGGGUGGCAGCACUUAGAACAGUAAAAUAAAUAAUUGGAUAUGCUUAAAAUAGCUCUUUAGAUGCAGGUAUUUAAAAAAAUACACAAAAUAAUCGAGAGAUUCCUUUAUAUGCUGUCUUAGGGGAAUAGGGCAAGCCCUAUGUUCCCUUUAUUUACUAAAUUUAUAUCCUGCCCUUCCUCACAAAGCAGCCUAGGGCAGCAAACACGUGUGAUAGAGCAAUACAUUUAAAAAGCGAACAAACCUACUUAAAAUGUUUUAAAACAAUCAAAAAGCAUCUAAAAGCAAACACAAUAAAACUUUAAUUUAAAAAUAGAUUUAGCCAGAGUGGCUUUGAAAGGGGCUUUUUACCAUUUUCCCUAGACUUAAGGAGGCUUGCUAUCACACAGUCUGAGUACUCUUUGUCUGAAAGCACUAUAUUGUUGGCUUUUCACAAUCCGGAGGCAUUUAUAUGUGACAAUUAACUCAAAUGAACUAAUUUUAAGCAUACAGUAGAUGGGUGAAAAUGUGCUAAUUUUACUGUUAUUCCUUGAGUGUUUAAUUAAGGCUGCAACUCUAGAGUCACAUUUCAAGGAGUAAUUCUCAUUGUACACAGUGCCUUACUUCUGAGUAAACAUGCACAGGAUUGUGCUGCGAGUUAGCAUUUGACACUAAGGUGCCAAUUUAUUCUAGCUUUUGCUACAAUUAGAAUUGCAUACCAAUUCUAAUUUAUUUUUAAAUUAGGGUUUUUUAAAAAAAAUAAUAAUAAUAGCUACUUAUAAAAAGUACUUACACAGAAGGAAAUGUAUUUUUGAAGAUGGCGUAGGAAUGCACCAAAAUAAAAACGAAGUUUUGCUUCACAACCAUUGUUCUGAAAUAAUUUAUCAAAUUCCUUCUAGGACUGACAUCUGAAUAGUCAACUACAACCCACAGAGGGGGUUUUGCCAAUCAAUUAAAGUUGCAUUAUUUGCCAAAUGAAUAAUUAAAAAAAUCAUAUGAUUAACUGAAAGCUUCGUUUUCCAUGUACAUAAAAACUUAUAUGAGAAAUCAAAAAGGGUUUCUUCAGUUAAUUUGCAAUCCUAGACAUAAACUUGCUUGUCUAUACAAAUUCCAUGCCAUGACAAGUUGCCAUGAAAAUCAGUCAAAAUCCAGUGUCCUGCCCUUUAACUAGUAUAAACAUUUGCCGUAGAUAGCAUGUUUGAAAUAUUUUUUUUUUUUAAGGCAAUGGUUUAGAUUUACUUUUGUCCCUUUAAUGGGAUCAAACGGAUCAAGAACAUUUAAUGGUAGGCAUAUAUGGAGUUAGAAAUUAGAACUGAUAAUGAAAGUUUGGGAUCAAGAUAAGUAUAGCAUAGAUAGAGCAAUAAGUCCCAAUAACUUAUGUGAAAGUUAGUAAUCAAACCAGUUUUGUGGUCUGCUCUGCAAAGCAAAUACAGAACAACUAUUAGAGCUAAUCUCUAAUGUAAUUUAUACUGUAGGACCAGUGUACCAGACAUUUAGCAAUAACCAGGAUAGUGUGUAUGUAUCUGUUUAUGCUACAUGUUUAGGUCAUGAUCAAAGUUAUACGUACACACCCUAAUCCUAAAUGCAUCCACUGGUCCACUGAUUUCAAGGGAAAGCAAAUUUCUGCUUCAGCCGGCACCAUAAUCCUCUUGUACCUUAGGGGAAUCCAGGCUAAAUAAAUUGCAUCUGAGUUGUAUGGGACAAAUAUUUCAUUAUUUGAGACGUAAUUUUUAAGUGUUAUGCUAUUACUUCUGUAAAUCUUUGUCUGAUAGUUCUAUAUUAUAUACUUUCUCUUUAAAGUAUAGCUCUUUCAAGCCUGUAUGAGAUUUUAAAAAGACCUGUAUUAUGGUCGAAAAAUAUCGGGGUGAUAAAACAACUGAAGUGUACAAUAGGUUUAGUCUUUUCAUAUUCCUUGCUCUAUGCUUGCAGUUUAGGGACAUGUGCCUUACGAAAAAAGCUGGAAAUGGUCUGCAGGUGAAGCUACUUUUCUGGUUUUAUAACUAACAUAAUACACCAUAGCUGAUCUUGGGGUUUUCCUCCACCAUCAAUUGAGAGUCACAGUGUUGACAGUUUUUGCAACUUUCCUGUUGCUGCUUCUGUUUUUUUGGUUUUGGUUUUGUUUGUUUAUUGUUUCGUGGCGCUGGAUUUAUAUUAUUGUUUUUAUGUUUUAUGUGAACUGUAGAAAGGUGGCUAAUUAAUUGUCAAGUUGCCUGACUAAUAUGGAGUUGUGGGGUUUUUUAAUUAAAAAAAAAAGGAAUGGAAGCUUAUUGGCAGCAACGCAGCAGGAGAUGCAAUUCUUCCAUUACCCUUAGAUGACAAAUUUCCUGAAAAGGGAAGUUUUUGAUGCAGUCAUACAGCUGGCUAAUUUUGGUAGAGACAACAUAUCUGCAUGAUUUCAGCCAGAUGCAUUGUUACUGCUGUCUGUCUGUCUGUCUGUCUGUCUGUUGUGACUUUUACACAGUCAGAAACCACACUGAAAACAAUUGUAUUUUUUCUUUAAAUAUAUUGAGGUUUAGAACAUAGCAUCAGGUAUGUUUACAUAUCAGCUACAUUUAUGUACUGUUCUGUCCCCAAAUUAUACCAUAAUGAGCACAGUAUCCUGUCACUGUGUGUAACAAAUGUGUACUUAGUACCGAAAUAGUAAUUCACAGCCAAGGGACAAGCAGAUCUCCAGUAAUUAGCCUGCUUAAAUAUCACUGCUGAAUCAAACAUGUAGUAGUUCCUUGUGUUCAUUCCCAUUAUUUAAAUAGAGAAUGUAUUAGAGUAUGUUGUGCAGUUAUUACAUGGGCCAAAGUGUCUCCAAGCAUAUUGUCCUUAAAAAAUAAGUAGACCAAUCAAACUCUGCCUCAGUUGGGCUUGCAGUCUACAAACAGAUGUAAUGAAGGCAGUAGAGGAAAGGAAGGUGAAUGCAGGUAGAAGUAAUGGGGGGGGUAAAGGAAUUUAGGGAUUAUACUUCAGCAUUACAUAUAUGCAGCUAUUUAAAAUAAACUUGAAUGAUCAAGAAAAGAUUGAAUUCAGUACUUCAGGCUAUUUUGAUUUUUAAAAUGUAUGGAUAUCCCAAGAGUUCCUUGUUUGGGAAGCUUUUAUUUCAGGUUGGCAAGUUCAAAAUUGAACAGGGCAACAACAGUAGCGAUCUGGUAUGGAUUAUUUAAUUCACAACUCCGCUGUAAUAUUUUGAAAUGUUUUAUGGCUUGUUUUUCAUCCAAGAUUUAACGAAGGAAAAUAGGUGUAUUUGUUUCAAGCUUGUGACGAAAUGCUUCACUUUUUUAACGGCAAGCGGAGCAGCCAUUUCUACAGAAUUUUAAAAACAUUCAUAUUUUAUUGCCACAAAAAGCCCAUUCAUUCUCUCUUGGGAGUGAGGAGGGAAGUUGCUGUCGUCCCAGUAUUCACCUUCUUGAAUAAUUUGGCAGGGAAAGGGAUGCUUCUCCACUGCAAGGGAUGACCUUCAGAAGGUGCUUUUCCUGGAGGGGAAAGCCAGUGAAGUGUGAUUUGUUAGUGUGGACAUGGCAACUUCCAGUUUGUGCUACUUGGACUCUUGUUCAGACAGGUGCAGUUGAAGAGUAUAGCAAUGUGAUCUGGAAUGAAAGGGGACUCUUUCUCUAAUGGGGGAGGGGGCAACAACACUAUCUAUCUCUAGGCUCUGCCCCACAUAUCUGAGAGCAGCAGCGCCUACCAAGCCACUAGCAUCCUCGCUCCAUUCUACAGGUGCUCACGGGAGUGUUUUUCUGUCAACACUUGCUGGAUGCGGUUAAGGGAAAAGUAAUACCUUGUGCCUUUUUCUAAAGGCAGAGCCCAGGAGAGAUGCCAGGGUUCAAGGCUAUCUCCAAACCUGAUCUCUGACUUAAACACACGCCUGCCUCAUACCAAUCAAAUGAAGACUGGCAGGGAUGCCAACUUGAGUAAAAUAAGGGGGGGGCAGUUAAGCCCUGUUCCGCACACACCCUACAUUUGAAUGGCAAGCCCAUCAACUUUGGGGGUACAACGCCCACAAAUAAUUUAAGGGGGUCGAAGGAAGCCCGCCCCUAGGCGUUGGCUUCUUUGAAGACCGGUGUUGAGCAGUCUUGCUGACAAUGCAAGUGUGUUUUUAACUCCGGGCUUCUGAGCCAAAGGAGCCGGGCUUGGGCGACCGGCUGUCUUCGCCCUAGCCAGAUCCCUGCAACCGCGCACGCGCCGCGGUUCCAGUGGUUCUUGGUCAGCGCGGAAGGAAAAGCACUCUGCACGUGCUCAGGCGCGCUGGCCUCCGUUUCUGCUUCAGGGCUGAAAGGAGGCUCUGGGAGGCCAGGUGAGCCCUGGUUGAAAGGACGUCGUGCGCGCGCAGCGACGGCGUGGCCCAGGCGACGGAGGACGGCUCGCUUUGGGGCUGUCCCGUCGGCCUCAGUCAGACGUAGGCCGGGCGCGCCUGCUCUUUCCCUUUCUCUUUCGCCGGCAGGCGAGCGGGCCGGGGGAAGCGCCAGGUAUGAGAAACUGAAGAGGAGAGGCGCGCAGGGCGGAGCGGGGAGCGCCUGCGGGGCGUCGGGUGCCGUAAAAGAGAGGGAGAGUCCGAGGGGCAGACCUGAGACCGGGACCAAGCUGUGAGACCAUAAAUUGCGGGGGUGGGGGGUGAUAAAGAAAGAGAGUAAAUAGCUUUUAAAAAAACCUAAGGAAGAAACAAACUCUCCUGCUAACCCCGUUUAUGGAAGGGGCUUGACUGUUGGAAGGAAACUGAGCAGCCCCCUCCCUCAGCUUCUCAGGGGACAGACAAGCCUACUGCCAGCUUCGAGGUUUCUCUUGUAGCUCUGAGUUCUUAUCACAAGCUCUUAGGCGCUCCCUACCUCCUGCUUUUCCUUACUAACUUCAACGAACAUGCAAAUGUUGCAGGCAUUUCUUCCUUCCUCGGGCCAGUUCAAACAUCUUUUGUGUUUGCGUUGUGGCUGCGGGAUCAUCUCUGUUGUCAGACUUCCAUUUCCUGGGUUUUAUUUUCGUUUUUUAUGUGUGCUGCAGGGCUCAAAGAUGUCUAACUCCAAAAAGAAGCAGAGGUUAGGAAUCGUGACCCCCUGA